CGCGAACAAGUUGUUCAAGCUAAUUCAGUUGAUUAGUGGAGGAAAAAAAAAAUGGUCGAAGUCCGAGAGUUUACGCGCCAAGAGGUGGCCCUACGUGACGGCAAGAACGGAAAUCCCACGUGGGUAAUCAUUCGGGACAUGGUGUACGAUGUGACGCCGUACUUGAAUGAGCAUCCUGGUGGAAGUGAACUGAUCGCCGAUUUUGCUGGCAAAGAUGCGACGAAAGAUUUUGACGAUUUUGGACACUCGGGCACGGCGAUGAGUCAGCUGAAGCUGUACAAAGUCGGCGAACUGAACAUGUGCGAUAGAGCUAAGUUCCAGAAGAAGGGCUCGGAGUGGCUUCCGGAUGGGGCUUGUGUGCUUCCCCCCAAGAGCAAAAGCAAACGGCGAAGGUUUAUUUUCUGCGGUUGAGUACAAUUAGCCGUUUAUAGUUGGUAAUAUUAUUUAUUUAUAUACGUUAGUCACUUAAAAAAUAUACAGUAAUAAAAUACAAUAGAAGUAA